AAAGAAGAGAGAAUAAAAUAGUGGAAUAUUUUAUUGUUUACCGGGAGAAUAAGUAGUCGGUUUGGUUUCUCAAAGAGCUUAUUCAGUGUAAGAAUAAAGGCCCUGGUAUUUCUGCAUAGCCUAAUUCUCCUACUUUCUCUCUCCCCUUUAAGGAAUACUCAGUCUCAUUUAUCCUUUGCCGUCCACUGUCUCUGUAAGAUCUCCGGCAAAUUUCCAUUUCUUCAGAUAAGAAAGUUGAAGAACAAAGCAGCAUUUCCUGGAUGAUUUUAUAGAACAGAUUUAUUCUUUUCUAUAAGAGACUACUUUGAGUUUUAUCACAGCAAAAAUCUGCCUAAAUUUUCUGUAAAAUUAAGGAAAAUAAAGGCAUAAAAAUUGGAUUUUUACCUUUCUCUGUGCCGCCGCGGUAUGGAGGGAAGGCGAGGAAGCUUAUUUCCAGAACCAGAUGAUUUUCAGAUUGGCACUUCAUGGUUUCCAGCAACAUCAGCAAAACCAAGCUUGCCACCAAUCUGGGAGAAUAGGCAACAAAAUCAGCCAGCUCAAGUUAAUGGGGUGGAGUUGCAAAAAUUUUCACAAGGUGAAGGUGUGAGCCAAGCGAACCAGCUAGAAUUGAGAAAUUUCUUUCAAGAACCCCAAGGACGACAAGUGGCUGCAUGCUGUGGUUCGACGAAUUUGUCAGCUGGGACGGCGUAUUUUGACACUUGGGAAGAAGCAGCAGUAGGAGGGACAAAAUCCGAAAUGUACGGGGACAACAAUAUUAAAAUGUGCAAUAACUUAUCUAUCGAUGAUGUGGACCAAUGGAGCAAUGUGUGCUCUUUCGGAGAUCUCUUGGCCCUAGCACAUGCUGCUGGCUCAACAGCCGCCACUGAAAAUGCAAAUGCAGAUACUAAUUUUACCGCGAAUGGUUCUUUCUAUUCCCUCGUCGGUUCUCAGGAUGCAGAAGGAAGCUCUAUUUGCUCGAGAUUCCCUUUUAAUCUGAAUUCACCAACUAGAAUGACAGAUGAGGGCUUGAGCAUCAACAAUGGAUUCCAGUUUGAACCAAUAACACCAGAUCAGAUCAAGAACAAAGGGCUAGCAUCUGAUGCGCCAAGUCUAGACAUUAACCAGACACCAAUAGCAAGACAUGUACAGUCAAGCGAAGAUACAUUAAAGAGAGCAGAAGCAAGUGAUCCCCAAGCGAACAAAGAGCAGUCAGGGCUGGUCUUGAACAUAUCAGAAUUGCAGGAGAAUAAAAUGCUUGCGAAGGCGGACGAACUGGAUGCUGAACAGAAUAAUACACCACAGCAGAAACGAAGAAGGAAGAAGCACCGGCCUAAAGUGGUUAUAGAAGGCGAGCAUAAAAGGACUCCUAAACCGAAAACCCCCCAGCAGCAUAGUUCGCAGGAAGCUAAAAAAGAGAGGAGGAAAUAUGUACGAAGAAACAAGGUUGAGGGACCUCCAAGCACACCCUCGGACAAGGUAAACGUUAUGACCAGUCACGAGGGCCAUCGUCCUAGUUCCGGAGAAAUCCGACGAGCAAAGAGGACGUAUGUCAGAGGAAAUCAAGUCAACAAGCUCAGACCAAAUCCUGCCGAAGAGGGAACCAUUGAUCCACCAAAUGUUUCUCGUCCCAGAAGAACCUGCAGGAAAUCAUUGAAUUUUGAUUCUGAAAACUCAUCACACUGGCCAUCUUCAUCUGUGGAGGACUUGCAUGAGAAUCAAUCCAACUCUAGUGUGCAUCCUGGAAAGGGUAUUGAAGCCACAACAGCAAAGACAGAACUGGGCUCAGUUGAUGACAUCACAUGUUCGAAUCAGGAGCUGAAAACUUGCCAAACACAUCAUGAAAUGCCAUACCCUGACCCUUCAACUCUGAAGAUUGACCUGAAUCAUGGUAAAUUUACCAUGAGCAAUCAAAAUGAAAUCUCAAGAGGAAAGUGUAAAAUUGUUUUCUCGGAUGAAACUCAUGAUAAACAGGCAGGCAUUUUAGAAAUGACACCAAAGAGCCCGAAUAGUUCCAACUGCAGCAGCAGCGCAUGCUUGAUCCAGGAAACACCAGAAAGAGCCUUGAAAAGACGACGUUCUUUUAGAACUGAUGAAGCAGAAUUUUACAGAACAAAUGUCAGGGGAGCCUAUUUCAACUCCAUGCAGGCAUAUCAAGCAAUUCUCCCAGCAAAUGAACCUUAUGCUCACAGUACCCAAGGGAUGCAUUUUCCUGCAAUUUACAAGAAAAAGAGGACAGAGAAGAGCCAUCCCUCAGGAACAUCUUACACUAAGCCUUUUACAUGUGAAAUUAACUAUCUGUCUUUGUCUCAGUGCAACACUGGUCUUUCCCAAGCCAGUACGUCUGUGAAUGAUAAAGCUAAUAAUGGAAUGCAGAAUCUGGAACUUGUACCAGCUUUUGUUGAAGCAGAGGGGUUAAGAAGAAAAAGAUCAAAAAGCAUAAGUAAAGUACGUGACCUAGCAUCACUGCUUGAAAUUUGUAGACACUUUCCUACUACUGUCAAAGAAGCAAUGGUAUCUGAAUUUGGAGAAAGAUAUGAAAACUCAGAUCAGCCGAAUACAUGCAUGGAAGCCCUGGUUGCCGACACCCGUGCAAUAAUGAAAACAAAAAAGCGGUCAAAGAGAAGCAUCCUUGUCAGUUCCACAGCAUCUCAUACGCAUGCCCGGCAACAGUUCAGAACAAAUGCAAGCGGUUCCAUACCAGCUAUAACAUGGAGAUCUCCAGUUGAUGAAAUUGCCGAACGCUUACAGCAUCUUGAUUUAAAUAGAGAAAGCAUCCAUCAAUACCAAUAUGAGCAAAAUGCCCUUGUCAUUUAUCAAAGAGAUGGGAGUAUUGUCCCUUUUUCAGGCUCAUUUGUUAGAAAACGACGACCGCGCCCCAAGGUUGACCUUGAUGAUGAGACCACUAGGGUUUGGAAGCUUUUGCUGCAGGACAUAAAUAGUGAAGGCAUUGAUGGUACAGAUGAAGACAAGGCAAAAUGGUGGGAAUCAGAACGUGGAGUUUUUCAUGGACGAGUAGACUCAUUUGUCUCACGGAUGCGUCUUGUUCAAGGAGACAGGCGAUUCUCUCCUUGGAAGGGAUCUGUUGUAGACUCCGUAGUUGGAGUUUUCCUGACACAGAAUGUCUCAGACCACCUUUCUAGCUCUGCAUUCAUGUCAAUGGCUGCUCGGUUCCCUCUCAAGUCAAACACCGGUUUCAAAAAUCCCGAAGAGAGAACAGGGAUCAUAAUUGAAGAACCUGAGGUGAGUGCCCCGGAUCCUGAUGAUACAAUUGGAUGGCAUGACGAUCAACCAACUCUUGGUCAGGAGUUUUUCAAAAUCUCCGGUGCAGACUCAGACGAUGAAAAAACAGCUGUUCAUAGCAGUGAAUCAAGUGAAAAUAGCAUUAACUGCACUAGUUCAACUGAAAAUUCUGUACUGCAGCAACCUGGUUCUUCUAGAGAAAGUUCAUGUGUGCAUCAUGAAUCAACAACGUAUGGAUCGGCUACAGCUAAUGCAACAAGAAGUUCUUUGGGGGAUCAAAUAGAACCAGACGAUUUGCUCUCUUCUCAGAAUUCUGUACUUUCUUCUCAAGACUCUGUGAACUUUUCAGUUGUUCAAACUUCUGAAAGAACCGAAUCAAGCAACUUUUCGGGCUCCACUUCAUUUUUGAAGUUACUACAUAUGGCAGGAACUUCGAAAUCACAUGGAGUCCAGGAUCAGAAAAGUGAAAACAUCUUAGCGGAAAAGGAUAUACAUGGCCAACUGAAACAUAUGGCAUGUUGUUCACACUUUCAGAAGGAUGAGGAGAAUCACAGAGGCUCAAUAGAAAAUGACUGUCCUUGUAGCUAUUUGGGCUCAUGUGCGAUGUCUAAUGCAGAAGCACAACAAAUCAAGUGCAAAGACGAUUUGGAAGAAGCUGCAAAACUUUUAGACCUCUCUAGAGAACUCGGUGCGCCUGAACAAAGUAAAUUAUCAGCAGAACCUGCAAAUCAAGCACUGUAUGGAGAGAUGCGUGAGACUUACAUCUCACGCAAUAACCAUCAAAGCAAGGUGGACACAGCAACAAUUGAUGAUCCGGUAGUCAAUCUUGAGCUACAAAUUCAAAUUGAAGAGAGCAACUACAAUAUGCAGCCAAUAGCAAGAGCACCAGCAUUUUCAGAAGCCAUUGUAGAUGUCCAAGAGGAGGUCAGUGUAGUUGUUGAUUCAAGUAAGUCUGCGCACACAGCUUCCAGGUUAAACUCAAACAACAACAAAAAUCACGCCGGUAGCACAUUAGACAGAGCAAACCACAAUACUAGAGCAAAAAAGGAACGCCCUGGAAAAGAGAAACAGAAUGUUGACUGGGACAGUUUAAGGUUACAGGCUCAGAGCAAUGGUAAGAAAAGAGAAAGGACAGCAAACACAAUGGAUUCACUGGAUUGGGAUGCUGUGAGGUGUGCGGAUGUCAAUGAGAUAGCAAAUACCAUCAGAGAACGGGGAAUGAACAAUAUGCUAGCAGAGAGAAUCAAGGAUUUCCUUAACCGGAUUUUUAGAGAACAUGGAAGUAUAGAUCUUGAAUGGCUGAGAGACGUUCCACCAGACAAAGCAAAAGAGUAUCUAUUAAGCAUCAGAGGCUUGGGCCUGAAGAGCGUAGAGUGUGUGCGACUUUUAACACUUCACAACCUUGCUUUCCCUGUCGACACAAACGUUGGGCGUAUAGCCGUUAGGCUGGGAUGGGUGCCCCUGCAGCCACUGCCGGAGUCACUACAAUUGCAUCUUCUGGAACUGUACCCAGUGCUGGAGUCGAUUCAAAAGUACCUCUGGCCACGUCUCUGCAAGCUUGAUCAGAGAACAUUAUAUGAGUUGCAUUACCAUAUGAUCACUUUUGGAAAGGUCUUCUGUACAAAAAGCAAACCCAACUGCAACGCUUGUCCAAUGAGAGGAGAAUGCAGACACUUUGCAAGUGCUUUUGCAAGCGCAAGGCUUGCCCUGCCAGCACCAGAAGAGAAAGGUAUUGUAAGUACAACAGAGAACAAAGCAGCUGAACAGAGUCCAUUCCAAAAUUUCGGUCGACAGCCGCUGCCCUUACCCCCGGCUAAUCAAAUACCAUUAGAGCAUCCCAAAUUGAUCAACUCCGCACCUAUUAUCGAAGUGCCAGCAACACCAGAGCCCAUUGUCGAAGAGCCUGCCACACCUGAGCCAGAGCAAGAAGCUCCUGAAAUUGACAUUGAAGAUGCUUACUGUGAAGAUCCUAAUGAAAUUCCUACAAUAGAAUUGAAUAUGGCGCAGUUCGCUCAAAAUGUGAAGAACUUUGUGCGAAACAAUAUGGAGCUUCAAGAGGUAGAAAUGUCAAAAGCCUUAGUAGCUUUAACUCCACAAGCUGCUUCAAUUCCGACGCCUAAACUAAAGCAUAUAAGCCGGCUCAGAACCGAACAUCAAGUGUAUGAACUUCCGGAUGCUCAUCCUCUUUUGGAAGGGUUCGAGAAAAGAGAACCAGAUGAUCCAUGCUCCUAUCUUCUGGCAAUAUGGACACCUGGUGAAACAGCGGAUUCUAUUCAGCCACCUGGGGGACAGUGCAACUCCCAAGACACUGGUAGACUAUGUGAUGAUGAAACAUGUUUUGCAUGCAAUAGCAUACGUGAAGCACAUGCUCAAACGGUGAGAGGGACAAUUCUGAUACCAUGUAGAACGGCUAUGAGAGGAAGCUUUCCGCUCAAUGGUACAUACUUUCAGGUUAACGAGGUCUUUGCGGACCAUGACUCCAGCCUCAAGCCAAUUGAUGUCCCAAGAGAUUGGCUAUGGAAUCUGCCACGACGGACAGUUUACUUCGGAACCUCUAUUCCAACAAUAUUCAAAGGCCUAACCACAGAAAGUAUCCAACAUUGCUUUUGGAGAGGGUUUGUUUGUGUGAGGGGUUUUGACAAGGAGACACGAGCCCCAAGACCACUGAUGGCACGGUUGCACUUUCCAGCCAGCAAGUUGAAUAGGACAAAAGGAAAGCCAGAUGAAAACUAGGGAGCAGUGUCCUACUGAAUCAGCAAGGCAGCCAUCCAGGCUGAACAAGCUAACAACAUUCAGCACCAUGAUGUUUUAAACCUUAGGAAAGAAAGAAGAUAGGUAUUGUCUAACAUGUAAGUAAAUUGUAGCAUGAGUAAAUGAGAUGAUAAUCGAUUACUUGUAGCUGAUACUUAGGAUGGUCAUUUUUAUUAGCAACGAUAAUUGAAUUCUUCAACAGGCUAGUGGCCCUUUAGCCCAUUGACAUCUCAAACUUAGUUGGUUCC